CUCCUUCUGAAUCCAUUCCCUCCUUUUCAAAGAACCAUUGAUUCCCACGGCUGGUCUCUGGAUAUGUGCUUGAGGCCCCAGUGUCGGCCUUUCUUGGUAUUUCCAUUCUCAACGUGACCCAUGAAGGGGAAGGGGGAAAUCUUGGAGGUAGAGAAGGUCUCUGGCUUCCAUCCUUGAUCUUUCUCUUCUUUCUUCACCAGGGAAGUGAGGACUCUUUGGAGCAACCUCUUGGAUGCAGUAAGGAAACCAAUAAUACAGGGAGAAGAAAUCCUCUCGAGGCGAUGAUCUUGCUGAAUUCUUGACUUCACUUACAGAUAACAAAGGAAUAAAGAAGAGUCAAGUCUCUGUAUUGGAAUUAAACACCCGUAUCAUUCUUGACAUGGAGGAGAAAGCGUCUAAGUGCCUGGAGUGUGGAAAGAGCUUCACUCGGAGGCAGAGUCUGCAGCAACAUGUAAAGACUCACACUGGGGAGAAACCCUAUUCCUGCCUGGAGUGUGGACAGAGCUUUGCUCGGAGGGAUAAUCUGCAGCAACAUGUAAAGACUCACACUGGGGAGAAACCCUAUUCCUGCCUGGAGUGUGGACAGAGCUUUGCUCGGGAUUAUCUGCAGCAACAUGUAAAGACUCACACUGGGGAGAAACCCUAUAAAUGCCUGGAGUGUGGACAGAGCUUCGCUCAUAGUUCAACUCUACGUAAACAUCAAAGGAUUCACACUGGGGAGAAACCUUAUAAAUGCCAGGAAUGUGGACAGAGCUUCACUCAGAGUUCAAACCUACGUGUACAUGAAAGGACACACACUGGGGAGAAACCCUAUACAUGCCUGGAAUGUGGACAGAGCUUUGCUCAUAGUUCACAUCUACGUAAACAUGAAAGGAAACACACUGGGGAGAAACCCUAUAAAUGCCUGGAAUGUGGACAGAGUUUCACUGUGAGUGACCAUCUACGUACACAUCAAAGGAUUCACACUGGGGAGAAACCCUAUUCCUGCCUGGAAUGUGGUCAGAGCUUCACUCAGAGUUCAAAUCUACGUAAACAUCAAAGGACUCACACUGGGGAGAAACCUUAUAAAUGCCUGGAAUGUGGACAGAGCUUUGGUCGUAGUUCACGUCUACGUUCUCAUCAAACUACUCACACUGGAGAAAAACCCUAUACAUGCCUGGAGUGUGGAAAGAGCUUCACUCGGAGGCAGAGUCUGCAGCAACAUGUAAAGACUCACACUGGGGAGAAACCCUAUUCCUGCCUGGAGUGUGGACAGAGCUUCACUCAUAGUUCAUAUCUACGUAAACAUCAAAGGAUUCACACUGGGGAGAAACCUUAUAAAUGCCAGGAAUGUGGACAGAGCUUCACUCAGAGUUCAAACCUACGUGUACAUGAAAGGACACACACUGGGGAGAAACCCUAUAAAUGCCUGGAAUGUGGACAGAGUUUCACUGUGAGUGACCAUCUACGUACACAUCAAAGGAUUCACACUGGGGAGAAACCCUAUUCCUGCCUGGAAUGUGGACAGAGCUUCACUCAGAGUUCAAAUCUACGUAAACAUCAAAGGAGUCACACUGGGGAGAAACCUUAUAAAUGCCUGGAAUGUGGACAGAGCUUUGCUCGUAGUUCACGUCUACGUUCUCAUCAAACUACUCACACUGGGGAGAAACCCUAUACAUGCAUGGAGUGUGGAAAGACCUUUGCUUGUAGUUCAGGUCUACGUUCCCAUCUAAGGACUCACAUGGGGGAGAAACCAUGUAUAGACAUAGCAUAAAAUCAUAGAUGAUAUUAUGUGGUAAAUUUGUGUAUUUUAUAGUGUAUUGUAUGUUGUAAUUGUUAGGCAUCGAAUUGUGCCUUGUGUAAGCCGCCCUGAGUCCCCCCUCGGGGGUUGAGACGGGCGAGGUAGAAGC